AGAAAAUUACCUAGUGUAUAUCCGUCAUUCAUGCAAGUCGAUUUCGUUGGGUCUGUGUGUUGAGCCUAGCAAAAGAACAUGGUGAUAGUGAUAUGAAACAAGUCUAUUAGCAAUACCACGCUCUACACAUAUAUACUUUCGCGAAGUAACGAUGAUAUUUGGUCACAAUCUCCCUACGUAAAACUCAAAAAAGUGUCAUUUGAAUGAUCAGUUAAAAGAUGCUGAUCAAAUAAUAUCUAAAAAAAGAAAACAAAUUAAUCAAGCUGACACAGCAAAUACUAAAUAAAUACUAUGGGGGCACUUUUGGACACUCCAAAAACAGAUAAAUAUAAUGAACAUGGUGCUGGCAAUGGACUACAUUAUGGUGUUGCCAGCAUGCAAGGUUGGAGGAUGGAAAUGGAAGAUGCUCAUAGAGCAAUAACAGGUUUAAAAGGUGGUCUCUCAGAUUGGAGUUACUUUGCAGUAUUUGAUGGUCAUGCUGGACCAUUAGUAUCAGCUCAUAGUGCAGAACACUUGUUAGAAUGUAUAAUGCAAACAGAGGAGUUUAAAGCAGAAGAUGUUACCAAAGGAAUUCAUUCUGGCUUUCUUCGACUUGACGAUGAAAUGAGAGAAUUACCAGAAAUGAGUUCUGGUACAGAAAGAUCUGGUUCUACAGCUGUUUGUGCAUUUAUAUCCCCCAGAAAUAUAUAUAUUGCUAACUGUGGUGAUUCUCGAGCUGUACUUUGUCGAGCAGGAGAUCCAGUUUUUUCAACUCGAGAUCACAAACCUGUUUUACCUGCUGAAAAAGAAAGAAUUCAAAAUGCUGGUGGUAGUGUAAUGAUACAAAGAGUUAAUGGAGCUUUAGCUGUGUCUCGUGCAUUGGGAGAUUAUGAGUACAAAAAUUUGAAAGAUCGAGGCCCUUGUGAACAGUUAGUGUCUCCAGAACCAGAAAUAUUUGUUCGAGAUAGAGACGAUGAACACGAUGAAUUUCUAGUUUUAGCAUGUGAUGGUAUUUGGGAUGUAAUGAACAACGAAGAUCUAUGUAAUUUUAUACAUUCAAGGCUGCUGCUUACAGAUGACCUAGAAGCAGUUACGAACCAGGUUAUAGACACCUGUCUGUAUAAGGGCAGCAGAGAUAACAUGAGUAUAGUUUUGGUCACAUUUCCUGCUGCUCCAAAACCAAAUCCAGAAGCACAGAAAAAAGAAGCUGAGCUGGAAAUGGCAAUUGAAAGGAGAAUCAAAGAAAUAGUUGCUGAGCAAAAGAACGAAAAUGAAUUUGAUUUUCUGAAUCUGCUACAACGUCUUAUGGACCAAGAAUUUCCCAAUCUUCCUCCUGGUGGUGGACUCUCAGCUAAACAACCUUUCAUUGAACAAGUGUUUCGAGAAGUAUGUCCCAGCCUAGCGGAUAGUAAUUCUCAUGCCAGUUAGUGUACACAAUAUGUAUACAAUUUGAUACAUGUGAUAUACAAUAAACUGGCGAAUCCAAAAAUCAUGAAAAUGAGAUACCAAGCAAUAAGAACCACUGAGGAGUGCUUCAUGAAGAGAGACUGUGGAAUGGUAAACGAAUGAUGUUACAGGCAUAUUUAAUUUCUGGUUAAAUAAUUUUGGGAGUUGCAUUGUAAUACUAAAUUAAAUUACAAAA